AUGGAGAGAGGCACGAUUCCGUUCGAAGAUCUGGAAGAAUCAGAUGAUUUCCUACUGGAACUCGCCGCAGCAGAAGCGGAAGCUGAAGCGGCGUUGGCCAAACGCCCUAGGGUCGCUCCUAGCCCUGUCCCUAUCCCGGAACCGGAAGGACCUUACAUGGCGGCUCUGAAGGGGAGCAAAAGCGAGCAAUGGCAGCAGAAUCCGCUCAAUCCCGCCUUCAAAUCCAGCGGCGGUUUUCAACGAUCAGACGGUGGAGGAGGAGCCGUCUCCGGAAAUUAUGGAUCCGGCGAGCAGGAGUUUCCGGAGAAGAAUUGUCCAUGUGGUGUUGGUAUCUGUUUGGUUCUCACAUCAAACACUCAGAAGAAUCCAGGCCGCAAAUUCUACAAAUGCCCCACCAGAGAGGAAAACGGAGGUUGUGGGUUUUUCCAGUGGUGUGAUGCUGCGGUGGUUCAGUCUACAGGAACUCAGCCGGGAACUAAUAGCUAUGGCAACACUAACGAAUCCAAGUUCCCAGAUCAUCAGUGUCCAUGCAAUGCUGGAUUGUGCCGUGUUCUCACUGCUAAAACUGGUGAAAACGUUGGCCGGCAGUUUUAUCGCUGUCCAGUGUUUGAGGGCUCUUGUGGUUUCUUCAAAUGGUGCAGUGAUAACGCAGUGAGCUCUCCCACAACGUAUAGCUAUACCAAAAGCAGCAAAAACUCAGGUGAAUCAGAUACCAGAGGAUAUCAAACUGCGAAAACAGGCACGCCCUGUUACAAAUGUGGGAAGGAAGGACACUGGGCAAGAGACUGCACCGUUCAGUCUGGUACUCCGAUAACCGAAACUGGACCAGUGAAGUCUAGCACGGCAGCUGGAGGUUGUUAUAAGUGCGGGAAGGAAGGGCACUGGGCGAGAGACUGCACCGCUCAAGCUGGUAAUCUGAAGUCUGAGCCAGGGCAAGUGAAGUCUUUCUCCUCUUCUUCAGGUGGAGAAUGUUACAAAUGCGGGAAGCCUGGACAUUGGGCGAGAGACUGCACCGCGACGGGUCAGUCUGGUGGUGGUAAUCAACAGUUUCAGUCAGGGCAAGGAAAGUCUGGCUCUUCCUCGGGUGGAGAUUGUUACAAAUGCGGAAAGCCAGGACAUUGGGCUAGGGAUUGCACUGCGGCGGUUCAAUCCACAAGCGUUUCAGGCAAAAGACAGAGGCAGUACUAA